GUCAAACAUAAAACAAAAUGUUUGAUUGCCCGCGUAAAAUGCUGUCGAAGCAAAACAAUUUUUAAACAUCUGCUCAUUUUUAGUUUAUUUAAUUCAAACCAUAUGAAAUAAUUUGAUUUUCUUGAAUUACUCUGGCUGUGAGUUUGAGAUAUUUUAUUAUUUAACGUAUUAACAAUGAGUGUUACGCCAACGAAACGAAGGGUGCGAACACGCUCAAGUUCCAGUUUAAGCAGUACUGAAGAUGUGGUCAUGGUAACUGUCGACGACUCGGAUGAGGAAAAUGAAUCCUCAAAAGGACGUCACCUAAGGAGAUCAACACGUAAACCGAGCCCACAAAAGAAAUAUGCUGAAGAUUACAUACUGACCAACGUUGUGCCUAACAAGAGACGCAACGUUCGAAAGGAAGAGACUGAUGUUGAAGAAACUACUGAGCAGGAUGACGAAAAUUUUGUACCAAAUGCAGUGACACGUCCCGAUGUUGGCGACAUCCAGCUUUUGCAAGAUGAUGAGGAUAUAGCAGGCAAAAAUAUGUACGGUUUUCAUACUCCAAAAAAACGAAAUGGCAUGGCAUUGGCCGCUUUAAAUACACCAAAAACACCUAAAACGCCAAAAACACCAAAAUCACGAUCGUCACAGCUGCAAGCAAAAACACCCGGCACGAAGCGCAAAAAAUCAAAUAUGGAACCUAAAACUCCUUCGCAUGUGCGGCACCGUGUUAAAAAUCAAAUUGCUAAACUUAUGGACUCUGAUUCGGACUUCUCCGCGAGUGGUAGUGAUUUUGUACCCACGGACAGCGAUAGUGACAGUUCGAGCAGUAGUGAUGAGAAUGAUGCCGCCGACGAUGAUGAACCAAAAACACCACAUAAAAGCCGACGACCCAUAAUUGUACCAGUGUUACCAAAAACUCCUUCUGUCGCGCGUUCACGCCAAUCGGCGCGAACUAAAAAAUCUUCCGUUGACUAUGUACCGGAAAGUGAUGGUUAUUUUCAGGCACAUGCCAACACCAAAAUAUUCACUUCAGAUCACACGCUCGACCGUCUGAAAAAUCCACGAUUGCCAGCAGAUCGUUUAUUCACGCUGUUGAAUGAAAUGAAGCCAACUCCAGAACACGAAGAGGCUAUCAGCGCCAUGAUGGAAGAAUAUCGUUCGUAUUUUCCAAAAUGGUUAUGCAUCUUGCAUGAAGGCUACAGUUUACUACUCUAUGGACUGGGUUCAAAACGUCAACUACUGCAAGCCUUCCAUCGUGAAAUACUCGCCGAUCAAUCAGUACUCGUUGUCAACGGUUUCUUUCCCAGUCUAACGUUGAAGGACAUUUUGGACAGCAUUAUUGGUGAAUUAUUAGAUGGCGGCGCAAAUGUUAGUCCGUCAAAUCCACACGAAGCUGUUGACUUGAUUGAGGAGGAACUUUCAUAUACACCGCAAGCGCACAUAUAUUUGAUAGUGCACAAUUUGGAUGGCAGCAUGUUGCGGAAUACAAAGGCGCAAGCGAUAUUGGCACGUUUAGCUAGUCUACGACAAUUACAUUUGCUUGCGUCUAUUGAUUACAUCAACACACCACUAUUAUGGGAUCACACGCGGCUAAGUAAUUUCAAUUUUUCUUGGUGGGAUUGCACCACUAUGCUGCCGUACAGCGAUGAAACCGCUUAUGAAAACUCAUUGCUGGUGCAAAACUCCGGUGAAUUGGCGCUCUCAUCCAUGCGUAGCGUUUUCUCGUCGCUUACAACAAACACACGUGGCAUUUAUAUGAUCAUAGUGAAAAAUCAAUUGAAAAACAAAGGCAACCCCAACUUUCAAGGCAUGUCGUUCAAAGAUUUAUAUUGGAGUUGUCGUGAAGCUUUCCUUGUCAGCUCUGAUUUGGCAUUGCGUGCGCAACUCACCGAAUUUCUGGAUCACAAAUUGGUGAAAUCGAAACGCAACAUAGAUGGCUCGGAAUUGUUGAGCAUACCCAUUGAUGAGGCGCUGCUGCAGCAAUUCUUAGACGAGCAAGAGAAGAAAUCGUGAAAAUGUGUAUAACUUACUACAUUUAACAGCAUUUAGGUUUAUUUUGCCACGUAAUCAUUGCUGAAAUGUUUUUUCAUAUUAAAAUGAUUUACACAAUUUCGUUUUAAAAUUACAUAAAUUAUAUUUGUUGAGUUUUUUUUCAAUUUAAUUAAUUUAUUAUUAGUUAAAAUCAAUGUUAUUACUUAUUUUUCGAAACAAAAAUGUUAAUUAACUUUAGAAUUUUUUUGAUCAACUUUUGAAUCGCAUAAGAACCGAAAAGUGAAUUUCAAAUAUCAAAAAAGUUGCUCAAUUUAUUUUCCCCGUCUGUAGUGAAUAACUUUGAAACAGUUUCGAAUCAACUUCGAACUCCAUAUUGAUUUUUUUGUGUUACAUACGUCAAUGUCUCAGUGCUAUAAUAAAAACAGAAAGCUAAUAUCCCCAACCGUGAGUCCUUUUUGUUCAAAAUGACAGCCCAAACCUAUGCUCCGAGAGAAAUAUGCAUGAAAAGAAACAAACAAUUCUGUUAAGAUUUGUUUUUUGUUUGUAUCUGUGUUCAAUUUACUUUAUAUUGUAAUUACAUAUAUUAUAAUUGUAUUGUAUUGUUGUUGUUGUAAUAGUAUUUUAAUUAAUUGCUUAACUAUAAUUAAUUUUAAAUUUAUGCUUACUUUAAUGUUUCUUUCACUUUUUUGUUUACACACUUUCUUUGCUUGUUGUUGUUGUUAUUAUUGCAGCGCAGCAUCAGCACGCUGAAUGCAUAAUACUCACAUACAUUCAUACUCUCAACAUUAAUUGUUUAAAUAUUUUUGAAAUUGAUUAUCUUUCUUGUUGCUUUUUGCAUAUUCGAAACAAAAUACUAAAAAUUGCGUAAAAGCAAUUUUGCACAUUUUCACCUUGCUUUGAUUGGUUGUUGAUGCAAUUCUUU